AGUUUGCAACAAAAAAGAAAAAAAAAAAAAAUCCCAGGCAGGAAAUGGCGAACAUACUACGACGUGGUUUCGGAGGUGCCCGGUGCCGGUGGGAUCAUGGAUCGGUGGUUGCUGCCGCGUUGGGGAGGAGAUCUUGCAUGGCUGAUGCUUUGGUGGAAGUCAAACCCGGUGAAGUUGGAAUCAUCUCCGGCAUCCCUGACGAACAGCUUCGGCGAAGGGUCUUGAUUUAUUCACCUGCGCGAACUGCAUCUCAACAAGGCUCUGGCAAAGUCGGAAAGUGGAAAAUCAAUUUUUUAUCGACACAGAAGUGGGAGAAUCCAUUAAUGGGGUGGACAUCGACUGGAGAUCCGUAUGCUAAUGUUGGUGAAGCAGGACUCAGUUUUGAAAGUGAGGAGGCAGCCAAGGCAUUUGCAGAGAAGCAUGGCUGGGAAUAUGUGGUGAAGAAGCAUCACACUCCCAUAAUCAAGGCUAAAGCAUAUGCAGACAAUUUUAAAUGGAAAGGACCACCAAAAAUGGACCAAAAUUAGAACUCCUAUAUUUCUAGCGAGUACUUUCAGGCUUCGUGAAAUAAAAAACUAUCGACAAAAAUAAAAGCUGUACCCUUUUUGAUGUAACAAAAAAGUAUUUAUCAUCAUCCUCUAA